AUGAUUACUAGCAAUUUAAAUAUUAAGUCAAUUUAUGACAGUGCUCAUAAUCUUGCCUUUGAAAAGCUUUUAAAACCAAUGGAUAUUGACAAAAGACUUUAUUUAUCUGCUUUAUUCCAAACGCCACAAUCAAGCAAUCCUAUCGACCGCCGGUAUUUGGUGCCCCUGAGAAGACUACCUAAUAAAAUUAUUCGAUACAUAAGGGCUAUGGAACAAGCAAUGGAACAUGGAACUGUGAUUAAUAUUCAAGGCGUUUCGCUCAACACCGUCGAUGAAGUAGCUUUACAUCAUAUCCUGGUUGGUAUUUAUUUGAAUCACUCCAAGCCUCCUAAACGUAUAUCAAGCGAGAUCGAUUUUAUAGUUAAGUCUGUAGCUGAUUUACUUUGUUCUUUGUGGUCGUCACACAAUGAUGUAACAAUUUCAUGGGACUUUUCCACCUGGAUUAAUAAACAAAAAAUGCCUGAUUCUAUUUCUACGCGACCUGAUCUUGUUUUUUAUUCUGACUUUUGUGAAGUGGGUAAUGGAGAGAUUAAGCCCAUUGGAACACCAAAAUCAUGUGUUGAUGUUGCUCGUGCGAGAAUUUUAGAGACGUGUAAAAGACAGCUGCACAUAAGAUUGAAGACUUCGACAUUGCCAAGUGAAGCUAUUACUUUUGGUGUGCUCAUUUACGUUUCAUUUAGUGACGGAUAUUAUCCGUAUGAGCGUGUUUCCGUUGGAAUAUUACCCACUUCAUUUGAUACAUACAAAAAUGCAGAAAAGACAUUGAUGGAUUUAAUACAAUUAAAAGAAUCGAUGAAUAUGUCUUUGCCAACAGAAAGUACAUCUGAGGAGUUUAUCCUAGUAGACAAAAACUUUUUGCUACCAACCGUGUCUUACAGCUCCAUUGUAAAAUAUAACUGA